UCUGUGAGCAUAAACUUUGUUGGUGGUCUCCUAUUAGUUUAUUUCCGAUGUGUUAACUCCUUGUCACUGACAGACAUCAACUGAAAUCUUUGUUUUUUUUACCAACAAGCUUUUCAUUCCAGAAAGUCUUUUCCUUGAGGUUGUCUUUGUUUAUCUAUCAUUAGUAAAAUGAUGAGUCGGACGUGAAGUAUUGGAUAUAAGUUAGACAGUCUCGACUGAAGUCUUCUGAAGCAGUUGUUUAACUAUCAAUAUAGAAUGUCGACGAACACAACCAGUUCAGCCCACUGUAAGAUAGAAGAUGAAGACAAACCGUAUUCUUCACCCAAUUUUCCUUCCAAUAUGCAUCUCACACCACCUGGCUUUGAAUCGAUCUAUGCAGCCUGUCGAAGGACUUACCCGAACCAGUCUAAUCCGCUACAAGUUACAGCCUUAACGAAAUAUUGGUUAGGUGGACCUGAUCCUUUGGACUAUAUCAGUAUGUAUGCCAACUCUGGUGAUCCAAACAGAAACAUCCCUCCCCAUUGGCAUUACAUUAGUUUUGGAUUAUCUGAUCUCCAUGGUGAUGGCCGUGUGCAUGAGCGAAGCACCAAUAAUGACGGCCCCAGUGGAUUUGGUUUUGAGCUCACAUUUAGGCUCCGACGAGAACCAGGUGAAACGAACCCCCCUACAUGGCCUGCUGCCUUAAUGCAAUCAUUAGGACGUUAUGUCUUUCAAUCAGAAAACAUCCUUUGUAGUGGUGACCAUGUGUCUUGGCAUGCCCCAUUGGAUGGCAGUGAAUCUCGUGUUCAGCAUAUGCUUAUGACAGAAGAUGUACAAUUGCAACCAAUUUUAACACCAUUUGGUGUUGUUAGUUUCAUACAGAUUGUAGGAGUUUGUAGUGAAGAAUUAAAAGCUGCCCAACAUUGGAAUGGCCCUGGAGUUAUUGAGUUGCUGCGUUCUGUUGCAGUGGCUGGAGGAGCUUGGUUAAUAACAGAUAUGAGAAGAGGAGAGAGCAUCUUUGAGUUGGAUCCUUCAUUACAAGAGAGAGUGGACAGUGGUAUUGAACAAGAAGGUUCUAACCUUAGCGGUGUCAGCAGUAGGUGCUUCUGGGAUGAAAUACUUUCCAACAAUCAUGGUAAUGAAGACAAUAAAGAGAACCGUCUUAUUGAGGAAGAAAGGCGCUGUAGUCUUGAAAGACCUCAUAUAUCAGAUAUAGAAUCAGAACAAAUUCGAGCUGUUUUGCAGAAAGGUUUACAUAAUUCCCUUGUCAACUCCUCAUUACUAUCAGAACAAAAUGAAAAUAUCGAGGGUGUUUUACACAAUCAAAAUGGGUCAAGGAAAGAAUCUUUUGACAGCACAUUGGCAUCUGAAGUUCCGUCUGAACUAUUCCGCACUCGCACAUUGGAUAAUGUUCACCUAAAACUCAAUUUAGAAGCUGGAUUAUUACUCCCACUGGCUCUUAAAGGCAGAUUAAGACAUGGCCGUCAUUUUACAUUCAAGAGUGUACUGAAUGAUGUGGCAGUGACAUUGGUCUCAAGCAGUGUCACAGGUUCCAUAGCAGAUGAGCAGCAUCCAUAUGCUACACAUGGUCCUUGGCUUCAGAUUUUGCUCACUGAUGAUUUUAUAGAAGACAUGCUACAGGAUAUUGAAGAACUCUCAGAUCCAGAAUAUAUGGAAUGGCCAAAGACCUACGAAUGGCCAAGACGGAAAUUACUCAUCACAAUAUUCCCAGAUGAUAUGUAACCGCAGACAACUGAGGCAAAAAAUAAGACUACCAAAAUUUCAGCUCUGUUGACCAACAAACAUUGGAAGUUUUUCAUUUAAAUAACCAGCAAAAUAGACCCCACUCCUUUAUUUUUUCUACUCCACUCUUUUUUCCAACUGUACUGAUGAGAUGGACUCAACAUUGAGAUGGUGCCUUGCUAGCAUCUGACAUUAUAUACAAUAAUAUAUAUAUAUAUAUAUAUAUAUAUAAAUAUAUAUAUCUUACAAUAUAUUGAUUUUUUUCCAAUUUUAAAAAAUUUCUUAAAAAUCAUAUUACUCCAAAACAACAUGUAUAUGUUUCACUAUGUUUGUAUUCUCUGAUAAUGCUUUCAGAUUAAUAUAUGUCUGUAUAUAUAUAUAUAUAUAUAUAUAUAUAUAUAUAUAUGCAUACAUACAUACACACACACAGAUACACAAACAUAUUCAUGACAUACAAAUACAGAUGCAUACACAUUAUAUGUUAUUAUUGCAUAAUUUCCGUCCAUUGUUACCCAUGCUCAAAGAUUGACUGCCAUUGUAAUCAAAUUGACAUGGUUACACUUUAUUUCUCUACUCUCUUCUGCGCCUGUGUCAGUUGAGUGCCAAUGUUGAGAUUGCUUCAGAGCACAAGUGAUACAUAAUUAUACAUAAUAUAUUAAAAAUUAUAAACACAAACAGACACAUAUAUAUACAUAUCUAUAUAAAUAUGUCAUCGGAAACAUUAAAUUGAAAGUGAAAUAAUAUCUUGUAUAGCUAUGUGUUGUAGAUAAAUAAAAACUUUAAGAAUCAUCUAUAUA